GCAGGGGGAACACAGGGAGCGACAUGGGCAGCAGGGCUGUGUGGAGGCUGUCGUUGGGGGCGGCCGUGGUCCUCCUGGUGCUGCUGCAGAGCACACAGUCAGUCCGCAUCCAGUACCAAGGCUUCCAGGUGCAGCUGGAGUCUGUGAAGAAGCUGAGUGACCUGGAGCGGCAGUUUGCGCCCAGCCCCCGCCUGCAGGCCCAGAGCCUUCUGCCUGCUGUGUGCCACCACCCGGCCCUGCCCUCGGACCUCCAGCCUGUCUGCACCUCCCAGGAGGCUGCCAGCAUCUUCAAGGCCUUAAAGAUGAUGGCCAACGACGAGUGUGAGCUGUGCGUGAACAUUGCCUGUACCGGCUGCCUCUGA